ACAAGCCACGAUCGCAUGAGGACGAUGAUUUGGUCAUGGUAGAUCCUGACCUUGCGACUGAUAGACGCGAGCGCCGCCGGUCCCACAAACCACGAUCUCGCGAAGAGGAAGAAGUUGCCAUGGGCGAUACCGAACGUCGUCGGCGAGCUAGGAGAUCGAGAGACGAAGAGCCCGUGAUGGUGGAGCCCGACGUUCCUUUUGACGCACCUCCACGAAGUUCCAAGAAGUCCUCAGGCUUCGCUGGCCUCUUCAGUGGCUUACGAACGCCCAAGACUGAACGACCUGACCCUCUGCGACGUCGCAGUACCUAUGCGACAACUGACGAUGAAGCCUUACGCAGUGCCAAAAUGGAUGGUGAUGCAGUAUUAGUAGAUGCUGACCGCGAAGCAAGACGAGCUGCACGUAGGGCCAAGAGGGCCGUUGAAGGCGGCCCUGACCCCGAGGAAGCAGCGCGUCGAGCUCGAGAUGAGGUGCGCCGUGAAAGACGUCGACGGCGCGAGGAAGAAGCCGAUCCUCAAAGACAAGAUAAAGAGGCCCGCCGUGCUGAACGCAGACGACAGCGCGAGGAAGAUGCAAGACGAGCUCGUCGGGCUGCCAAACGUGAACGCCGCCGCCGCGACACAAAGAGAGCUGCUCGAGGUGCGGAAGAAGAGGAAGGUCAUCAGCGACGAAGUCAGCAAUCCGCAGACGAAUACAAUCAGCGGAGAUCCCAUCGUCGCGAAGAGAGACCGCAGGCACCAGCUUGGCCUCAUUCUGGGACUUCGUCAUGGGUUAAGGAACACUCUGACGCACCCCCUCCUCCUGACCCCGCUGAUGCGGGUGAUGCAAAUGGUGGACAGACCGAGGAUGAGAUGGCAAGACGUGAAGCUCGUCGAGCUCAUCGAUCGAAAUACGGAGAAGAGACGACAGAAGAGGCCGAAGAUCGGCGAAGGCGACGAGCAAGGCGAGAUGAUCGUGAGCGCGGUGGUCGGGAUAGAGAACGUCACCGAGAUAGGCGUUCGGAAGGUAGUGAUGAGCGACACCACAGCCGUCGAGCGUCAACCUUUAUGGACGCAACAGCAACACCUCGUACAAGUUGGUGGAAGAAGAUCGCUGGGUGAGCGGUGAUCUGAUGAUGGAUGAACGAACCGACGAACAAACGAACGAACGAUGCAUGAGUCUAUUUCAAGCGAGCGUGUUUAUGAAUGUUAUUUGAAUGUGUGUCACUACUUCAUGCGUUUCGUUGUGGUGGUCUUGUUUUCGGU